CACUCCUCCCCGCUCUGGCUCUUCCUCGCGCCUCGCGCGCCCACCCACCUUCACGCGCUCUCCCAGCUAGAUCGACCCCACUGGCAAUCGCGCAGGCUCCCCUAUCCCUUCCUGUUCCUUCAAAAAGACUGGACUGGAUCUUCCCAGAGUUCCCGUUCGGAGAGCCGCCGGAUCUUCUUCGACGAGGCUUCGAUCUGCUGCUCUCCGUCGGCGUGUUGGGGACUUGCACCUUAUCCGAAGAUGUCUUUUCGGAGCAUGGUUCGUGAUAUAAGGGAAAGUUUUGGGAAUAUAUCGAGGCGGAACUUUGAGGUGAGAAUUCACCACAGAGGGAAGUCUCUUGGGUCUUCAGGUGACUUGCAAGACAGGCCUGCUGAAGUUCAGCAAAGCAGGUGGGCUAGCCUUCCUCCUGAGUUGCUCUGCGAUGUGAUGAAAAGGUUGGAGGAAGAUGACAGUAGCUGGCCGGAUCGCAAGGAUGUUGUUUCCUGUGCAUCUGUUUGUACAACCUGGAGGGAUAUGUGUAAGGAUAUUGUUAGAAGUCCAGAACAUUGUGCAAAGCUCACAUUUCCAGUAUCUCUUAAGCAGCCUGGACCCCGAGACGGGGUAAUCCAAUGUUUCAUAAAAAGGGACAAAUCAAAGCUAACGUACCGGCUCUACUUGUCCCUUAGCUCUGGUGUGCUUGAUGAGAACGGGAAGUUCCUGCUAGCAGCGAAAAGGAGCCGCAGGAUGGCGCACACGGAGUAUGCAAUUUUUAUGGACUCGAGGAAUUUCUCCCGAUCGAGCACUGGCUACAUUGGGAAGCUAAGGUCAAAUUUCCUUGGAACUAAAUUUAUCAUCUACGACACACAGGCUCCGUACAAUGGCGGGAGAGUUUGCACACAGGAACGUGCCCCCAGCCGUCGGUUGUCUUCCAGGAAAGUUUCACCAAGAGUUCCAAGCGGCAGCUACCCCGUCGCUCAGGUGAACUACGAGCUGAAUGUGCUGGGAACCCGAGGGCCCAGGCGGAUGCAGUGCGCUAUGCAUUCCAUCCCCGCAUCAGCGGUGGAGCCCGGCGGCGUGGUGCCUGGGCAACCGAAAGAGCUCCUCCCGAGGCUGUUCGACGAGUCCUUCCGCAGCACCGCAACUUCCUCUUUCUCCAAGUACUCCGUCGCGGACAGCUCCAUGGACCUGGGCAGCUGCCCGUUCUCCGAGGUCGAGGUGGGCGGGGGAAGUCUGCGAGAAGGUGACGAGUCGGAGAAGGAGAGGCCACUGGUUCUGCGCAACAAGGCGCCGAGGUGGCACGAGCAGCUGCAGUGCUGGUGCCUCAACUUUCGCGGGCGCGUCACCGUGGCCUCGGUCAAGAACUUCCAGCUGAUAGCUCCUGCAAAGACGCAGCCGCAGCCGCAGGCCUCCGGCCCCCCGCCGCCGCCGCCGCCGUCGUCGUCGUCGUACCAUGACCCGGUGAUCCUGCAGUUCGGCAAGGUCGGGAGGGACAUGUUCACCAUGGACUACCGGUACCCGCUGUCGGCCUUCCAGGCCUUCGCCAUAUGUCUGACGAGCUUCGACACCAAGCUGGCCUGUGAAUGAAUGAAUGAAUGAAUGAAUGAACGAACGAACGGUGAGAGAGUCGUUCGUUUUAUGUGUUCCAAAGUGAUAAGCAUUCUGAGCCUUGGCAUGUAAAUAAUUUAAGAAGUAGGUGUUUGAUUCAAGUAUUGUAUUGUUUCGUGAGACAAGACAAUGUUGCUUCUGAAACCUAAAAGUGUUUCUUGGUCA